AUGGAAAAUAACACUAACGACGAAGCACGAGAUGCUUCCUCAACAACCAGAAUAUCAGCCACAACCCUCUCCUCCCGCCUCAUCCACCACUGUCGCUUCCUCCUCGCCGAAAUCGACAUCUUUCAAAAUGCAAUUGCAUCUCGAUUCCGCCGCCAUCAACAACAGCAGCAUUUAGUCGAAAUGCGACUUUUGAGAUCAAACGUCGCCUCGGAGCUUAGGACCCUUGAGCGUCUUGCCGCUGAUACACAAGCUCUUGUAAAUGAGCGCGCGAAGAAAGGAGAUAAUGACGACGAUGCAGAUCUCGAAAUGAGAGAAGGACGAAUAAUACAUACCCUCCGCUCAUCGAAUUUAUCCUUCCUUACAGCUGUUUGGACAAUUGCAAAGGAGCGUUGUUCGGGUGUAGUGGCAUUCUCGAAGCGGUUCUAUUGGGAUAAAGAUGAGAAUAAGGUUGUUGAUGGGAAGGAGGAUCGACAGGCUAAACCGCCCAAUAAGGAUAAGAAGAAAAGUGCUUUUGUGGAUAUUGUCUAUGGGAAUGGGGAGGAUUGGUUGAAGGUUUCGACUGUUAAUCAGAGUCGAUUACUGUUUGAGAUGGCAGAAAAAGGGUGGGAGAUGGAUAGUGAUGAGGAGGAGGACGAAGCAUCAUCUACACGAAAUGAUCAAGGAAAAGAGUUACCGAUUAACCAGGAUGAGGAGGACGAGGACCAGCUCGAACUGAUUACAAUGGCCUUAGACAUGAUCAGAGCAUCUCGAGCGACCAGAGUCAGAUACAGGAACCCCCGCGUGCACAUCAUGGCCCCGAAACUCGAAGAGGGUAAAGUCCCAGAGAUAGACAGAGUCCUGAAUACAAUCCGAAGUUAUGGAGUAACCAUUGAAUGCAAAAUACAAAUACGAGAUAUCUUUACCGAGGACAAGAUAUAUGAAACCUGCGAUCCGAAUUCCAUUACUGAAAACGAUCUACCGCUGUCAACUAUGCUUCCAAAUCCGUUUGAGAAAUUCACCCACGUUAUCAAUGUUGACUGCACUCUACUGCUUGCACUAGUCUCUGAUCUAUCGCAUGUACAGAACAUUGAGCCUUCUCCCAAUUUUCAUCGUGCUAUUAUCAGGCAGAUUGAAGUUGAAGAUGAGUUGCCUUUGCUGACUACAGAGCUUUGGCCUGCCGUAGUCGGUCGACAGCUUGUCUGCACCCAGGAGGCUGCUAAGCGAAUGAAGGAAAUUGUCUAUACAAUCGGUACCGAGACUGAGAGGAAGAGGACUGCUAUCUUGCUAGGUGAAGGCGAUAUGGAAGGACUAGACAAGGACACGCUGCUUGGCGAACUACGAAAACUGUCAGAUCACUCUGUUCCCGAAAAGUUGAUUCUACCUAUGAAAGUAGUUGAUGCCCACGCAGAAAUCGGCGCGGCAAUGAAACAAAACAAAUUCCCUCCAGUCAUCAGCAAGGUCACCGAGAUCCUCACCGACAUCAACUAUAGUGUUUUCCUUUAUGGUUGGGCCAGCGAUAUCGUCACGAUUUCGAGUAAUAAGACGGUCGUGAGGCAGAUCGAAGCCACCAUAGAGGAUAACCGAGGGUAUGAUAAUACACUGGAGGGCCCGAAAAUAUGGAUUUGUGAUACAGCUAGAAGUUUGAUUGGAAAGGAAAAGCAUCGAAAACCAUAG